AUGGCCGAAUCCAUAAUCACCUCGGUCACCAACCAGGCGGCCUACGCCCGGCCCCACGGCGACUCCUCCAGUGACUUUCUGCCGUCGCAGAUAGCGCUGAAUGUGCGCGGCCGCCGCUUUGUCAUCGACCGCGAGACGCUCAGCCACCUGCCCGACUCGCUGCUCAACACGAUGUUCCCGAACGGCCUGGCGCAUAUCGGCCGCUCGUAUGGCGGCUACGGCUACGGCUCCUCGGACUACGCCUACUACCGCGGGGGAGGCGACGCCGGCGAGCAGACGUGGGUCGACUUUGACCCCGACAUGCUCGAGUACAUGCUGCACGCAUACAGCGACACGCUCGAGUUCGACCUGCUGGCCCUCAACCGCACCUCUCAGGGCGGCGCCGCCGCCCGCGGAAUGGCGCACGUCGAGACGCCCGUCGUCUACUACGACCGCAACCCGCUGGUGGUGCUGCGUGAGGAGCUGGACUACUUUGUUGUGCCAUCGUCUGGCCGCACCAGAGGCGACGUCAGCGAUGUCCCCGGAUUCACGCUGGACAUGGCCAAGACCCGCUGCGGCGAGCUGCUGGCCGAGGACGACAGCGUCUUCGAGCCACUCGAGCGGACCAUGCAGCGCAACCUGGAGAAAUGGCGUUCUGCCACCGUCAUCGAGCAGCAGCUCAUCGACAUGCUCUGCCUCGCCGGCUUCCCGCGCGACGCCAGAUGGGGCUGCCGCCGCGUCGAGCCCUCAAAGACCGCCGUCACCAGCCUCCUCACCGUUCCGCUCGACGAGUCGGCCGACCAGGCACGCAUGAUCGCCGCGCAGAAGCUGCUUCUGUUCUACAAGAAGCCCGCACGCAAGUGCUGGUGGGAGGGCGAGGACGUCAAUGCUGGCGACAACGAGCACAAGAUCGACCUCAAACUGUGGUGCAGGCGCACCUGGACACUUGAGCUGGUUCUCAUCUAG